AGCCACUGGGUAUAAAGCCGCGACUUCCUCUCGUCUCUUUCCACCUUCAGCCAUUUUUUGUGACGAUGUUGGGAGCCGUGGGACGCUGCUGUACCGGGGCCCUGCAGGCGCUCAAGCCCGGGGUCCAGCCCUUGAAGGCCCUUGUUGGCUCCCCGGCCGUCCUUUCUCGACGAGACUAUGUUGCACCUGCCGCCGCUGCCAGUGUCGCCACUGGACGCAUCGUGGCGGUCAUCGGUGCCGUCGUGGACGUCCAGUUUGACGAGGACCUUCCACCCAUCCUCAACGCCCUGGAGGUCAGCAGCAGAGAGUCUCGGCUGGUCUUGGAGGUUGCACAGCAUCUUGGUGAGAACACUGUGCGCACUAUUGCUAUGGACGGUACUGAAGGUCUGGUCCGUGGACAGAAGGUUCUGGACACCGGUGCCCCCAUUAGGAUCCCAGUGGGUCCAGAGACCCUGGGCAGGAUUAUGAAUGUCAUUGGUGAGCCUAUUGAUGAGAGGGGUCCCAUUUCCACAAAGCAGACCGCCCCCAUCCAUGCUGAGGCCCCUGAAUUCACCGACAUGAGUGUGGAGCAGGAGAUUCUUGUCACUGGCAUUAAGGUGGUGGACCUGCUUGCCCCCUAUGCCAAGGGAGGAAAAAUCGGGCUGUUUGGUGGUGCUGGUGUGGGGAAGACUGUGCUGAUCAUGGAGCUGAUCAACAACGUGGCCAAAGCCCACGGUGGUUACUCCGUGUUCGCCGGCGUGGGUGAGCGUACCCGCGAGGGAAACGACUUGUACCAUGAAAUGAUUGAGUCUGGCGUCAUCAACCUGAAGGACACCACCUCCAAGGUGGCGCUGGUGUACGGACAGAUGAACGAGCCCCCCGGCGCACGCGCCAGAGUGGCUCUGACUGGCCUGACCGUGGCGGAGUACUUCCGUGACCAGGAGGGUCAGGACGUGCUGCUCUUCAUCGACAACAUCUUCCGCUUCACUCAGGCUGGCUCCGAGGUGUCUGCCCUGCUGGGUCGUAUCCCCUCUGCUGUGGGCUACCAGCCCACUCUGGCCACGGACAUGGGUACCAUGCAGGAGAGGAUCACCACCACCAAGAAGGGUUCCAUCACAUCAGUACAGGCCAUCUACGUGCCUGCUGACGACCUGACUGACCCCGCCCCCGCCACUACCUUUGCUCACUUGGACGCCACCACCGUCUUGUCCCGCGCCAUCGCUGAGCUGGGCAUCUACCCCGCCGUCGACCCUCUGGACUCCACCUCCCGUAUCAUGGACCCCAACAUUGUCGGAGCCGAGCACUACGACAUCGCCCGCGGCGUGCAGAAGAUCCUUCAGGACUACAAGUCCCUUCAGGAUAUCAUCGCCAUCCUGGGUAUGGAUGAGUUGUCUGAGGAGGACAAGUUGACUGUGUCCCGUGCACGCAAGAUCCAGAGGUUCCUGUCCCAGCCCUUCCAAGUGGCUGAAGUCUUCACAGGCCACAUGGGCAAGCUGGUGCCCCUGAAGGAGACCAUUAAAGGCUUUAAGAGCAUUCUUGGAGGUGAGUACGACGCCCUGCCCGAGCAGGCCUUCUACAUGGUGGGCCCCAUCGAGGAAGUGGUCCAGAAGGCUGAGAAACUGGCCGAGGAGCACUCCUAAACAUGUGAACAAUGGAACUGUUGUGGAUCCAGCUGCGAGGAGCACUUGGUUUGUAACACAUGUUCAUUACAAAUGUAUCGUCUUGUCAUCGUUAGCAGUUCUAUUUAACGUCCGCAUUUGGAAUAAAGCAGUCUUCACAUGUACACAAA